AUGCCUAGAAGGAGUAAUCGGCUAACCCCUAACCGACCAUCAACACCACAACCGCAACCACCACCAGAAAUAAACCCCUCAAUAAGUACAGUACAACUUGAAGAAAUCAUAUCUCAAAGAAUUGUUGCGGCUCUAUCUAAUGUCACAAGAGAUGGAGUUAGAAAUGAAGGCCAUGUAGGGACCACUAGAACAUGUACCUACAAAGAUUUUAUGAAUUGCGGGCCAAAAAGCUUUCAUGGAAAUGAAGGGGUAGUUAAUUUGACGAGGUGGAUAGAAAAGAAAAAAUCCAUCUUUCAAAUAAGCUUUUGUCCAGACAAUUGUAAAGUACGUUUUGCAGCAUGUACUUUCGCUGAUGCAACGCUUACAUGGUGGAAGAGCCAUGUGAAUACAAUGGGGAUUGAUAUUGCAAAUUCCAUGAAAUGGGAAGAGCUAAAAAUAAUGCUAGUAGAGGAGUAUUGUCCUAGGGUGGAAAUACAUAAGUUGGAACAAGAAUUGUGGACCCUAACCAUGAAGGGUUUAGAGAUAAAAGCUUAUACCGCUAGAUUUAAUGACCUUGCAGUAAUGUGUCCAACACUUGUAACUCCUGAAUAUAAGAAGAUUGAACGAUAUAUCUGGGGUUUAGCAUCACAAAUCAAAGGCAUGGUGAUCGCAUCAAAGCCUACGACUUAUGACAGCACCAAGAGGAUAGCUCAUCAACUAACCCUCACAGAGAUCCAAGGAAUAGAAGUAAUCUCAAAGGAUGAGUCUCCCAAAUCUAGAUCAAACAAGUGCAAGUUUAAUAAGAAGAAUCCCAAACAAUCAUCUGAGAAAAGACAAGAAGUGGCAACCAAUUAUGCAACCACAACAAGAGUACCUACGCAACCAAAAUCUUCAUGGUACAAUCAGUGCAACCGUCAACAUCCAGGUGACUGUUUUGUCUGCAUGAAGUGCAAGAAAAAGGGGCAUACCGCUAGUUACUGCAGGAGCACAACACCUGCAACAGUCAAUCAACAAACCAAUAAUGGGACAGGCCGUGGUGAAGGAAGAAAAUGCUACGAGUGUGGGGAGGUUGGACAUAUCAAGAAAGCAUACCCAAAGUUAAGGAGUCAAGGAGGCAUAGGACGUGGCAGGGUGUUUGUGAUCGGAAGUGGAGAGGCUAUCCAGGACCCUUCGGUCGUAUCUGGUACGUUUCUCAUAGAUAAUUUAUAUGCUACCAUACUCUUCGACUCUGGAGCAGAUCGAAGUUUUAUAACUCCGACAUUUAGAAAAUUGUUAAGUCAUAAGCCUAGCAGAUUAAAAGAAAUCUAUGAAGUAGAAAUCGCUAACGGACAAUCUGAGAAAACACAUGAAAUCCUAGAAAAAUGUCUGUUAACUCUUAAUAACUACCUUUUUCAUGUCAACCUCAUGCCAAUGCCUAUCGGUAGUUUUGAUGUCAUAAUUGGCAUGAAUUGGUUAUCUUCACAACGCGCCGAAAUUUUAUGUCAUGAGAAAGCCAUACGACUACCCUUACCAAACGGCGAAGCCCUGAUUAUCUAUGGUGAUAAAUCUAGGAAGAACCUCAAAGUCAUUUCUUGUACUAAGACCCAUAAAUAUGUACAUAGGAAAUGUAGCGCUUUCUUAGCCCACAUUGUAGAUAGGAAGAGAAAGACAAAAUAA